AUGGGAAAGGACUCGAUGGCGCCAACGGUGAACGAUCACGAUCAAGCUCAACAGCAGCAGAAUCUCGACGUUGAGAAUCCUGAAUCUCCUCAAGCCUCUAGUCGUCGGAGCCGUUUCUGGCGACUAUUUACUCUCGCGUGUAUCGUCGUUUUGCUCUUUAGCAUUGCGGUUAUGCUUUCAGCCAUAUUCUUGCUGUUCCCGCGUCAACCGCCCUCUGGAUUCGACGCCGACGUCACAACUAAACGUGCAUCGAUACAGGCAUACUUUAAGCUCCGUAAACCAGCUUCUGAGGUUAUUUCGCAUAAAGAAAGACUAGAGCAUGAUAUCUCUCAGAGUAUACAUCUUUCCAACACAAAGGUGACUAUUCUGUCUAUUCAUCAUUCAGGUUCACCUGACUACACAGAUGUGGAGUUUGCUGUUCUGCCUGACGCUAACGGCACUGCAAUAAGCGAACACUCGUUAACCUCACUGCGGUCGACUUUUGUGAAGCUGUUUGGUGAAAGAUUGAAGCUGAAUCUGACCACAUCAGGUUUAGGGAAGGCAGCCUCAUUUCAGGUUUUGAAGUUUCCCGGGGGAAUAACUGUGGAUGAUCCGUCGGAGUUUAGGCCAAGACACUUCUCUGGAGGACUAGAGUUUCGGCUCAACUUCACUCUCCAAAAAUCGAUAUUCAAAAUACGAAGGGAACUUGAUCAGCUAAAGGAUACACUUGAGCAGGUGUUCAUAUCUUUGGAUCCAUGUGAUCAUGUUUAUGCUCAACUCACGAAUCAAGAAGGAUCUACGGUAUCUCCUCCGGUCAUUGUUCAGACUUCUAUGUAUCUAUUUGGAUACAAUCCUCACCAGAAAUUGGACAGUCUUGCUCGGAUCAUUCGAAAAUCCAGUGCUGAAAAUCUCGGUCUAGACAAAUCGGUUUUCGGCGACGUCAAGAAUAUUACUUUCUCAACUCACAUGGACAGGAAAUAUCUUGAUUCUGCAGAUUCGGUAUUGGCACCAGCGCCAAGUUCUUGA